UCCCAGUUAUCGACGAGAAAACAAUAAGAAUCAUAAAUCAUGAUAACUGAGAAUUGGUGUUAUCACAAUCUCACUGAUCAGAUAUGAUAAACUUUCAUUGAGAAGGAAAAGUUGACCAAUAAUUUAAAUUAUGUGAAUGCAAAUAUUGAUUACGAUUAUGGUAUCAAUCAAAUGCAUUGGAAAUUAUCAUUGGAAAAUAUAUUUUGUGUAUUAAUGUUUCAUCUCACCUCAUCACCGAUAAUAUUAACAUUACUUUUACUUUACCUUUCAGGGAUGUGUUCAGGUUCACCCGGAAGAGGAGGUUUAAGUGAUAGUAGUACUAAUAAUCUUAAUUCAUCAUCAUCAUCAUCAUCAUCAACUGAUUUUCCAUUUCUUUCACCAUCUCCUUUUACCAUUCAUCCUUCAAAUCAUGAUAAUCGUAAUGGUCAAGGUGUGAAUGAUGAAAGUGCAAAAGGAAGUGAUAAUUGUAGUGAAAUAAGUUGCCAAUCUACUAAUGGAUCUACAAGUAGUGUCCAUGGUGAAAUUAAAAACGAUAAUGGUUCAAUAUCGUUACCAAUGACAAGAAAAGGAUCACCAAGUGAUAAUAAUAAUAAUUUAAUUUCUUCUUUUACCUGGAAUUAUCUUGAUAAUAAUCCACCAACAUCCCAAAAGCAACAAUUAAGUGUUAGAUUGAAAAAAGAUCUCAAUACUUAUAUUUCCUAUGAUACUCAGCGUAAUCAACAAAUUUAUUAUUCACAAUUAUCUCCACCUACACCAUCAUUAGCAUCCUCAUCAUCUUUUUCAACCUCAGUGCCAUCAAUUGAAUCAUCUUCAUUUUCAUCUUCAUCAUUUACACCUACAAUAAUACCUCAAACAACAAGAGAAAAUAAAAUUUCAACAGAAUCUUACUCUUCUUCAUCUUCUUCUCUAUCUUCCGAUAUUUAUUCAAAUUCUGAUUCAGAAUCGAUAAUAUUAAAUGAUGAUGAUGGUAAUCUCUCUCAUCAGAUACCAAAAAUUGUAUCUUCUGCACUUUCCUCAUCAUCCAUUUCAAUUGAAGCAUCACCGCCAGUAUCAAAUCAUAAAAAAGUUGGUAACAAUUUAUCACCACCUCGUCCUCCCCCUGCAUCACCAUCACAAUCAUCAUCAUCUUAUCACCAUGAAAGCCUAACAAGCUUAAAUCAGAUGCGGAUGCUGGAGGAAAAAGCAAUUCCAAAAAACAUCACAGCCCAAGUAGGACUUCCGGUUUAUCUUCAUUGUAUAGUUGAACCAAUUGGUGACAAAAUGGUAUCAUGGAUAAGAUUACGUGAUUUCCACUUACUGACCGUUGGACUGUUCACCUAUUCAUCUGAUUCACGAUUUAUCAUUCGACAUGGGACACUUCAGGCCAAUGAUUGGGCGCUACAGAUCAAACAUGUCACACCCAAAGACGAAGGUCUCUAUGAGUGCCAAGUAAACACUGACCCUCCUCGAAGUCAAUAUUUUUAUCUAAAGGUUCUUGUUCCUUAUACACGGAUUGCCGGAUCAGGAAAUGAUAUAAUCGUUUCAGCUGGAUCAACAAUUAACUUAACAUGUAUUAUAUCACAAUCACCUAAUCCACCUUCAUAUGUUUUCUGGUAUCACAAUGAUCGCAUGAUUAACUAUGAUCUUAAUAAUGAAGGAUUAGGUCAGGUUAGCCUGAUUAAAGAUCCUAUUCAAAGUGAUACCUUAAUCUCACGAUUAACCCUGAGAAAUGCUCGUUACAAUAGUUCAGGUAAUUAUACCUGUGCACCAUUUAAUAUUGAACCUUCUUCCAUAUUUUUACACGUUCUCCAAGGUGCGAAGCAACUUUCCCAUAAUUGGCCUCAAAAUGACGAAGGAAGCUCAACAGAAUUCACAAGUUCCAAUGACGGGCAAUCUAAUUAUAAAAUGUUUACAAAAUUUUUCCCUUUCAAAUCAUCUUCAUCUUCAUCAUCAUGUUUAUCAUUUUCACCUCCAUUUAUCUCUACCUGUUCCAUGGUAACAUCUAAUUUCACAACGAUGUUUAAGUUUUUUAUACUUGUAUUAGCAGCGAUACUGAAUAACCAAUUAAUGUACAGUUUUAUCACAUGAGAAUAUCCUGAAAUCCGAUUAAGGUGUAUUAAUGAUAGCAGAAAUGUUUCAGUUUUUCAAAUUCUCAGAACGAAAAAAAUAAAAAAAAAUAAAUGGUUGAUGAAGUAUUAAUAAUAAUAAAUAUCGCAAAUAAUUUGAUCAGAUAUUCAUAUUGACAACAAUUUAAACACAAAUUGAUUUUCAUCCUUUUUUUUAUUCAAUUUAAUUAUGCAUAAAAUUGACAGUUUCAAACUUUCUCCAUGCUAAUUGCUGAUUGUUGAGACAGUUUUCAACUUUGAAAGGAAAAGUCUAGAAUUUCAAGAAUUCUGACAAAAAGAAUGUGUUCAAUUUGAAUAAUUUGAUUUUCCAAUGAUAAAACCAACCUGAUGAAAAAAAGGUAAUGUAUUUAUUGUAUUUUAAAAAU